AUGGCUGCAAAUGCAAUAAUAGUUUUGUUCUUUCUUCUAAUCACUGAAAUACUAUUCUCCAUCUCAACUGCUCAACAAAAUAAUACCACAAAAAUGAUCAGUCUUAACUCUUCAAUCUCUACUUCAACCAAUAACUCCUAUUGGCUAUCAAAUUCAGGCCAGUUUGCAUUUGGUUUCUACAAACAAGGCAAUGGCUUUGCCAUUGGAAUCUGGCUUGACAAGAUAAAGGAGAAGACAGUGGUAUGGACAGCAAACCGGGAUCAACAGCAGCCACUCCCACAUAUCACAACACUUGUUUUGAAUGAUUUCGCCAACUCUGUUUCCCCUGAUCAGCCUGCUGCCUCAGCUUCACUGCUCGAUUCAGGUAAUUUUGUCCUCUACAACUCAGAUUCCAAGAUCAUAUGGCAGAGUUUUGAGAAUCCAACAGAUACCCUUUUGCCAGGACAGAUUUUGGAGACAGGAAAAGAGCUUGUCUCAGCUGUCUCCGAGUCAAAUCACUCGUCUGGAGGAUUUAUACUUAGGAUGCAGGACGAUGGUAAUUUGGUUCAAUACCCUGUAAACAAACAUACCUCAGAAUAUUAUUCUUACUGGGACACCAAAACUUAUUGGAAAGGAUCACCAAAAAUUACACUUAGUCUUCAUCCCAAUGGCCAAUUAGAGCUGCUCAAUUCUACAAGCAAAGCUAGUGUAUACACAGUUCACCCUGCAGAUUGGAUACGCCCCAACAAUAAUGUUACAUUUCGUCUAACAAUUGAUGUUGAUGGAAUAUUAAGAUUGUAUUCUCGCAGCUUGGUUCAGGUCAAUAGCAGCUGGAAUGCCGAAUGGAAUUCGACUAACAAUAGGUGUGAUCCUACUGGAUUGUGUGGCAUGAAUGCAUAUUGUUUAUAUGAUCAACAUCAACGACCCAAUUGUACAUGUCUUUCAGGUCAUGAUUUCAUUGACCAAAGCCAGAAAAGAUUGGGCUGUGAAAGAAAGAGUAAGAUAGAUUAUUGCAAAAGUGAUAAUCACAAUACAGUUUCGGUAGUGGAAUUUAAUGGAGUUUUGUGGGAAAACAACUCCUACUCUAUUGUUCCAAUGAACAACAAGAGUGUUUGUGAGCAAGAUUGCUUGAAUGAUUGUGAUUGUGAAAUUGCUAUAUAUGCAACCAACACAUGCAACAAACUAAGGUUGCCACUGAGAUAUGCCAAAGCAGAUCAGACAAAUAGCUAUGUAGUGACCAUGGUCAAAGUGCUCGCAACCACAACAGGGGUAACUAAAGGAAGAAGUCAACGAGUUCAAAUUGGAAUUUUUAUCAGUGGCAUUGUGCUUUCAUGUUUUGGCCUUAUGGCCUUGGCGAUUUCAAUUGCGCUUAUAUUCAAAUUUAGAAUGUGGGAAUACAGAAAGAUUACAGAUCAGUGGCACCAUGAUUUUCUUGAGGAUGUUGCUAUUCGUCCAUACAAAUUUAGCGAGCUAGAAAAGGCGACAGAAGGUUUCAAACAUCAAGUGGGACAAGGAGCUUAUGGAGCAGUUUUCAAAGGUGUCAUACCAACAAACAGUUUCAGGAGAGUUGUGGCUAUAAAGAGACUAGAGAAAAUGGUUGCAGAUAACGAAAGAGAGUUCAGGAAUGAGAUGAAAGUAAUUGGAAAAACUCAUCAUAAGAACCUUGUUAAGCUUCUUGGUUACUGUUAUGAAGGAGCUAACAGGCUUUUGGUUUAUGAGUUCAUGAAAAACGGUUCUUUAGCAGAUUUCUUGUUCCAAUUCGAAACCAAGCCAACAUGGGAAGAAAGAGCUGAAAUAGCUUUGAACAUAGCUAGAGGAAUGGCCUAUCUGCAUGAAGAGUGUGAAAUACAGAUAAUCCACUGUGACAUCAAACCCGAAAACAUUCUUAUGGAUGAACAAGCAUGCGCGAAAAUAGCUGAUUUCGGUCUCUCAAAGCUGCUGAUGCCUGAUCAAACCAGAACAUACACUGGUUUGAGAGGAACAAGAGGGUAUUGGGCACCAGAGUGGCAUAGGAACAUGCCAAUAACAGUGAAAGCAGAUGUUUACAGCUAUGGAAUUAUGUUGUUGGAGAUUGUGUGCUGUAGAAGGAGUGUGGAUAUGGAUGUUCCUGAGAAUGAAAUUGUUCUUGCUAAUUGGGUUUAUGACUGUUUUGUGGGUGGUGAAAUGAGAAAACUAGUGCAUGAAGAAGAUGUGGAGAGUAAUGAGCUGAAGAAGAUGAUUAAGUUGGGACUUUGGUGUAUUCAACAUGAACCAUCUUUGAGACCUUCUAUGAAGAAAGUUUGUAUGAUGUUGGAAGGGAUUGUUGACAUUCCAACACCUCCAAUUCCCUCUUCCUCUAUUAGUGUAAUUAAUAUUGUUUGAUAAAAAUUGUAAUGGAUACAAAUUUUGUAUAGAAACCAAAUUAGUGUUCCUGUGUUUAUAAUAUGCUUUUGUAUAUUAUAUAAAUAUGCUGGUUUCAAUAG